UGAGUCGUUUGAAGUGGGAGUGUAAAGAUGGUUGCCACUGUCACCAUGUCAAAUCUGGAUCUAUUGAGGAGUUUCUGUUUUUUAUGUCCAAUGUUUCUUUUAAAAAACAUCCGUAAAAUAACAUUUAUGUUUGUUACCGUCUGUUUAUUAAUGAGCCCUUCGUUGGCUGAAGAGCAGGAAUUUGUGGAUGACUUUUUGAAGAGGGAAUACUCUCUGGCAAAACCGUACCGUGGCUUGGGUCUCUCUAGUUCUUCACACUGGGAUCUCAUGGGCACUGCUAUGGUUACACCUGAUUAUGUGAGGCUGACACCGGACCUGCAGAGCAGACAGGGAGCAGUAUGGAGUCGAAUUCCGUUUUUCGAGCGGGACUGGGAGCUUAAGGUGCAAUUCAAAAUCCAUGGCGUCGGAAAGAAGAAUUUGAAUGGGGAUGGCAUGGCUAUCUGGUUAACCAAAGAUCGUAUGCAGAACGGUCCUGUGUUCGGCAACAUGAAUCAGUUCGUUGGACUUGGAAUACUUUUGGACACUUACCCCAAUGCUGACAAGACCCAUGAUAGGUCCUUCCCCUACGUGUCAGUGAUGCUGGGGAACGGGACUCUGUCCUAUGACCACGAUUCUGACGGACGGCACACUGAGCUUGGAGGAUGCACGGCUAUGGUGCGCAACGCAAUCUACGACACGUUUCUCCUCGUCAGAUACUCAAAAAACAGACUCAAGCUCAUGGUGGAUGUAGAUGGUAAACAGGAAUGGAAAGACUGUGCUGACAUCACAGGACUCAGACUACCUCCUGGAUACUUCUUCGGAGCCUCCUCUGCCACCGGGGACCUGUCCGAUAACCAUGACCUCAUCUCCAUGAAGUUGUACCAGCUGACAAUAGAGAGGAGUCUCGAAGAAGAGCAGGAAGAGGAGGACGUUACUGUCCCAAGGGUUGAUGACAUGGACCAGUUCCCAGUGGAGAUCCAGCAGGAAGGGAUGAGCGGAAUCCAGUUCUUCUUCACCCUCCUCUUCUCCAUCCUGGGCCUGGGGGUGCUGGCAGUCGUGGGGCUCGUUGUUUACGGCCGCUGGAAGGAAAACCGACGCAAGCGUUUCUAUUGAUCAGAGAGCCACCGUUUGUUUCUUAAUCAGCAUCCACUAAAAACAAUGCCCAGACUGCCAUAGCUUUACUGAACCGUACAAUCCAAUGAACUGUUGGGUCUGAGGCCCAGAGCCACGAGAACAUAAAGAGCCGUGAACAUGUGAGCCAGCUGUGAAAUAUUUGUGUGUGUUUAUGGAAGAUUGAUGCCAUAAAGCUGCUUUAUGUUGAAAUAUGCUCAUCUCAAGCAAAAUCUGCACUGACCGAGACGCUGUAGAUUAAAAAUAAUCGCCAAUAUGAGUUUCUGAUGUUGCCUACAGGAAGAGACAAAUGUAAACCUCAAAAUCCCAGACGCUGUGUGUAGUUGACAUCAUCUUACAGGAGUUUCUGCAGUUGUGUAGUUACCUCUUACUGCCACUUGGGGCUGCCUUCUUGCAGCUUUAAUCUGACGGCUGCUGUAGAGACCAACGACCCUGUGGAUCAUUCAGCACUUCCUCUUGCUGAGCUGAAACCUUGUAUCUGAGAUAAAAUACUUUGUUAGCUGUUUGUAAAGGACUGCUAUUGAAACAGGAAGUGCCUAGCUCUCAAUCUCCGUUCCAGUCUUACUUCCUGUUGAGUUCUUUGGUCUCAUUGACUACUGCACUGAAAACUGCACAACCCCAUUUACUGUCUAACUACUGUCGAUUAUGAUCCGUGUCUUAUUCUGUGUAGAAGAACAAGCAGCGUAAAACCGAGCACCAGCACUCAAUUCAUUCUAAUUUAAUCAGGUUUUAUUGUUUGGCCAUUGUACUAAAAGCUUUCAUCUUUCAUGCCGUCGCUCUUACGGGUUUACUGUUUCACUUGGCUUUUUCCUAUAAUUGUCCAAUUAGGUCAUUUUUUUUUUUUUUUGCAUCAGUGUAUGUCUAACUGAUCCUAUACACCAGUCAUUAUUGUGUAAAACAACUUUAAAAUUGAUCAUUUGAAUAAUAAUCUCAAUACAAUUCUGCUUUCAAUGCUAUAAAUGAACCCAUGUCAGAAUAACUGUGAUUCAAGAGCUUUUUCUUAAUUUUUCAGUAAAGGUUUUUAUUGAGA